AUGGACAAUAAUAGUGAUAUCAUUAUUUCUCAAGAAGAAGAUAACCAAGAAGAUCGUGAUACCCAAGUUUCUCAAGAUCAAAAAGAAGAAAAAAGAUAUGAAAUUGAAGAAGAGGAGGAAGAAGAUGAAGAUGAAGAGUAUGAAGAGGAAGAGGAAGAAGAGGAAGAGGAAGAAGAGGAAGAGGAAGAGGAAGAGGAAGAGGAAGAGGAAGAGGAAGAGGAAGAGGAAGAGGAAGAUGAAGAUGAAGAUGAUAAUAACUUUAUUCAAUAUAUCAAAGAAGCUAAAAGCAAUAGCAAUAACAAAACCAAUAAUGGUUAUGGAGGGAAUAGUCAUACAAAAUCACCAAUACCAACUUCAAAUGAUCCAAAGAAAAGAAAAUUUGACAAUUUUGAAUCAAAAGAUGAGGAAAAAGAGAUCGAAGAUGAAAAAAUUAAUAUCAGUUCAUUUUCAGAAAGAGAAAAUCAACUUUUAAAUAGGUUUAUAAAAUCAGAAAAAGAAAGGAGUGCUGAAUUACAAAUAACCAAAGAUCAAUUAAAUGGCUCAAUACAUAAAAAUAAAAUUGAAUAUGAGAAGAACCUUACCCAACUGGAAAAAAGAAUUUCUUUUUUUGAGCAAAAAAUUCUCAAAAAAAAUAAUAAAAUAGAAAAACUAAAAACCAUUAUUCAAGAAAAAGAAAAUUUUAUUUUAGAUAUACAAAAAAAUCAAAAUAAAUCUAUAAUAGAACAGAUAAGAAGUAUGGAGUAUCUCGCUAUGAUCAAAAAAAUUUUAUCAGAACAUCACAAUUAUAGUUUCGAAGAAGGUGAAGAACAUAUUAUUAUAGAAUCAUUAAUGAAUCAAAUAAAAUAA